AUGCCGACCCCUAAUGCCUUCUACAGCGCGCUGCAACCUUCCGUUGCCUUCUCUGGAACUGUUCCUUCUACCGUCGUCGAUACACCGACCAAAGAUCAGGACCUACUUCCUCACCAUCAAUUUCAGCAGGCAUAUCCAACAGUCCAAUCCAGCAACUCGCAUCUGCACAGUCAUGGACCUUCCUCACACAGUCACGCCCACAGUCGUAGCCACAGUCAAGCUCACUCCGGCUGCCAACAUGGUCCUGACCCCGCCGUGAUGGAGUUCCUCUCCAAGAUUGGCCAGAUUAUCAUCAAGGCAAGAACACCCACCCCGGCAGUCCCUGGCUACCCUUCUUCGUCCAAUUCGGCAGUAGUAGCAGAGAUGACGACUACCAGUGGUAACUGCAAUGUGCCAACAGCGCAACCACAACAGCUACAGCAGCCAAGUCUAGAAUCGGUCUUGCAGGACAUGGAUCUCUGGAGGAACAGCACACCUGUGCACGUCAACAUCCUGCACUCUGCUCAACAUAUCCUGUUGGAGCGCUGGGUGAUAUCGUUUAUCCCAACAGCAGCAUCGUCGCCGAAUGCAAUGUCAGCCGAUUUGGCAAGUAUUACGAGUCCUUACACCGGAUACUUGUCACCGAAGGCCAAACAUCAACAGACCGCCCAAUGCGCAUGUCCUCCCUCCUCAGCAGCGCCAGCCCAGCUCAAGGACACCACCGAUCUCGUACUGUUAGUGCAGUCUCUAUAUACCCAGAUUCGAUCUCUCCCUCUCCAGAACUGCCUGACAUCAUUCGACGAAAAGACUAAGCUGGCAAAGAACGAUCUCGCCUACUCUGUCACCUCGGCGCGCGAGGACAUCACCCAGAGUCGUCAGGACAAGACGCUCUACAGUUGUACACAGCCUAUCGUAGGCGAGCAGGAUACAACAAGAGAUGCACCCGUGGUCGAUCUGUCGGAGGAACCUUACACAGAAUUUGCCACCUCGCUCAGGACGACUUUGCCGCUCGAGUUCGUGCAGGCAGCAUCUCUAAAGCUAAUCAACUUUGAGGCUUCACAUAUGCAAUGGGGAUGCAUUCGAGUCACCGGCAUGUACGAUGAGUCGGUUGGAGGCAGGAUUGCACCGGAGGAUUUCCAGGACUUGACCAAGGUCCAGAAGAAGCGCCACUCCUCUUCGUCGAAGACCAAGAUCUCCAGCGCCUCCAGUGCUGCCAUUGCCGCUGCCAAAUUGGCGAAACGACAACAAAAGGAAGAAUCGACAUGGACCUCUGCCGCUCAGCCAGUAAAAGCAGACCUCGCACAGGAGCCAGCACGAAGUCCCAUCAGCGAACCGACCGUCCUGAACUUGAAUGGGCUUCCGACCAAGAGCCCAGCGUCAAUACCAGACGCCAAUCUUGCAGGAUCGACACAUCCACCACCAGUGAUCGAUCGACGGACUCAACAGUCUUCGUCACCUGUCCUCAGUCCAGAGGACCAGUUCCGUGCCCGACUACAGGCACUCAAACAGAAUGGCAACCGCCUCUUCUCAUCCAUCUCGUCUUCGAUGGGACGGUCAAGCCCGGCUGCUCAGGAUCCAGCGCAGGAAACGCCUCGUGCCAAUGUGCUUCAGGAAUCCUUGCUGCCAAAGAAUGACGAACGGUCAGGGUCCACAACACCCACCCAGGAAGGAAUGCAGGCCUACCGGUUCCCACCGCCAUCACCUUCACCACCACUGUCCAUCCCCGUGCCACGCAGAGACAGUGUGAGUGACAGAAAAGGGCCUUCGCCUUUGUCACCAGAAGCUCAACUUGAAAAGACGCCAACUGGUACGGAACCAGUCGCUCCUCAGUAUGGGCAGUACCCAGCAGCCUUCCAGCCUAGUCCACCUUAUACUCAACAGCAUUAUCACCCAUCACGCCACGCGAUAUCGACCUCGCCUCUUGCCCACGUCAUCACGCGUAGACGUUCUUCGCGGCUUUCGAUUGUCAUGAAUUGCGACGAUUCCCCUGAUCCAGGGCGAACUCAGAGCCCCGAAGCAACUCAGCUCAACCGAAAGUUCUUCAAUGAUAGCGAUGACGACGAUGAUGACAACCAGGAUUCUUCUAGUCGCCCAUCAUCCAACUUGACCCGCCGCUGGGGCUCUCUUCAGGAUCAACGACACUCCUUUACCCUAGACUCACGCGCCCAGUCCGCCAACUCUCCUUCUCGGCACUCUUACCUUCGCAGAAGUUCGCUGAAUCCCUUGACUGGCUCACAUGGUGACUUGUUCGGAUCGUUGGUCGGUUCUUACGAAGAAUCAAUCCUCUCUGGAAGAAUGUCCACUUUGCCGUCCAAACCGCUGAUAUUCACGGCGCAGAUCGGUGUCCUGGCGAACCAGGAUUACAAGGAUUGCCCACCAAAGCUCCGAUGUCCCAAGCAUGUCCAACUCGAGUUCCCCGCCGUCUUUUACGACUAUGAGAGCUCCUCCAACAAACAUCAGCAUGGAAGCCACAGCACCCACCACCAACACCAACAUCACCAUCAUCACCAAUCUCACCACCCCUAUUAUCAUCAAAACACCCAUCCUCAACAUUCACAUCCGACAUUUUCGACCCAACCUGGUCCCUCCAGUUUCUCCCAUUCAUUCAAGUCCAACCUCUCCUUUAGUCAACAUGUCUCGACAAGCCCAUCCCAUCACCCCAUGGGAUCAUAUGCUAGCUCACCCAACCUGAGCCUGUUCCUUUCGUCCAGUGCUCAGCUUAGUGGCUCGCAUGGAUCGGCGCCCAAUACGCUCUCGCACAGUUUGACGCGCGCUGUUCCUACAGCGCAGGAUGAUCCGAUAUUGCCGUACGUUGGAAACCUGGAUCUGGACAGCAGCUUCAGAGGCGCUCGUCGAUUCGCGAGGAUGCCUGGUGGAAUGCGGAUUCCUCUUCGUGGUCAGGUUCAGGUCAUGAUCAAGAAUCCCAACAAGACGGUUGUGAAGGUCUUCCUGGUGCCGUACGACUUUACUGAUAUGCCCUCGGGUACGAAAACGUUUCUUCGGCAAAAAUACUACUCGACUGGUGCUGGGAUGGGACCGGUCUCGUCGACAGUCAGCAGCAGUGGUACACUGCGCUAUGCGAUCCAUCUGCAGUUUUGCUGCCCUGCACCUGGAUACGUGUACCUCUACCGUAGUAUACGCGUCGUCUUUGCCAAUCGAGUCCCCGACGGCAAGGAGUCUCUGCGAGUUGUUCUUGAAGGUCUGGGGAUUGGAUCAACGACACUUGUUGAGAAUGGCGUGAGCCAGACUCCCGCUGCGGCAGAAGGCCAUGCGGCAGACCCGAGACAGGCGCCAGCACGGAACUUUGAAGAACGAUAUGUGAGGAUGAGAAAGGGCGAGGUGCCCUUCAGUGGCAGCAAGAGGAAAAAGGAUCAGGAUGUAUGCAUGGACGACUUGACCUUGGGCCAGCCUCUGAGGGCAUCACCGGUGACGGCAUUCGGUCUUGGGCUGAAUGGCGACUUUACUCGUUCUGCCCAUUCUCACAACUCCUUCAAUCCAUACCACAGCCAGCAACAGCGGCUUGAUUUUGACGGUCAGCCGUAUCAUCAUCACCAACAACUCUCUGGCAGUGGCAUGGAUGUCGACGAGGAUACGGAGAUGACCCUGAAUCUCGAUGGGGCACAGUCGAAACGAAAGGAGCAUGAAAGUUCGCUGUUCAUAACACCCAUCUCCCAGUCAAGGCGAAUGGCGGCCACCGCCACAUCGCGUGUGGUCCAGUCGCCAGAGGGUGGCAGCUACAUGGGGAAGGCCAUGUCGGACGAGGACGAAGACUACCGAUUGAUCCAGUCUAGCGUGCUGAUCGGGACCCCAUCGACGGUGAAAGCUGGCCCUGGACGGUCAGUGAGACCCGGUGACAACCCAGGGUCAAGCGCUGGAGCAACGUCGUCGCCCAACAUUUUCUUUUCGAAGGAGUCGCUGUAUCUUGGCUCUCGGUCGAUGGGUGGCAAAGAAAAGAACCAGAUCCUUGGAAUCUAA